UCCAGUCUUGGAGACAUUUCAGUUGGCAUGGACUAGAGGGGGCACAAUACAAGAGAGCGCACACUUCCUGGAGCUCAAACAACCUCCGCAGAAAACAAGAAAAACAAACGAGCCCAUGGAGGCGAGAGCUGUAAAGUUCUAGCCCCGCGUCCGAUGGCUCGGAUGGUUUGUCCUGGUUAACGGGACACGUAAAAGCAGGUUUUAUCGAGCGGUAUUUUCGGGUACAUAGAAAGGCCGAUGUGCGGAGCGGCAGCGGCGGUGUGGAGUGAGCGCUGCGCGGAGGGGAGAUCCAUCGACCGCACCAACGCGAGCCAACAAGCGGCCUAGCGCUAACACACAACAGCCGGCGCUUUUAUGUCCAUGGGAUACCCUUAAGCGUACUUCACAGAGACUCUAGGGCGUAUUCCCCUUCUGAAUGACACCAUUUUUCCGUCGUUUGGCAUGUCUGACAUACUUUAAUCUGGUUUGGAGCCUCGUAGCCGCCUGGCUAACGGAUUAGAUUGACAGGUUAGCUCGUUAGCCGCUAAACAAGUUUUUAAAGUGACUUAUCAUACACGUAUGUCUGUGUAAUGCAGACCGUGUCGAGGGAAGAGGCUCUCCAGCUUCGUUUUUAUUCUGAAACCGUUCGGUUGUGAAGUCUGAAGAGUUUUGGGACUAUAAAGUCUGUUGUUUGUGUAUUAAUGACUAGCUGGCUAACGAGCUAGCGAUGUCUAUGUUCUCCGCCGAAAUGCUGGAAACAACACCUAACGUUAUGUACCCGUUUGAGGAGAUAGACUAUGCUGAUAUUGAGGUGGAGGAGGUGGUGGGCAGAGGGGCAUUUGGUGUUGUGUGCAAGGCCAAGUGGAAAGGCAGAGACGUGGCCAUCAAGACUAUAGAGAGUGAAUCAGAGAGAAAUGCCUUCUUUGUUGAGCUUCGUCAGUUGUCCCGUGUAAAUCAUCCCAACAUUGUGAAGCUGUAUGGUUCCUGCAGUAACCCUGUAUGUCUGGUGAUGGAAUAUGCAGAAGGGGGUUCAUUGUAUAAUGUGCUGCACGGUGCAGAGCCUCUUCCUCACUACACUGCAUCUCACGCCAUGAGCUGGUGCCUGCAGUGUUCUCAGGGGGUCUCAUAUCUCCACGGCAUGAAACCAAAGGCUCUCAUUCACAGGGACCUCAAACCUCCCAAUCUGCUCCUGGUUGCUGGAGGUACAGUGCUGAAGAUCUGUGACUUUGGGACAGCAUGUGACAUCCAGACACACAUGACUAAUAACAAGGGAAGCGCAGCCUGGAUGGCCCCAGAGGUGUUUGAAGGCAGUAACUACAGUGAGAAGUGUGACGUGUUCAGUUGGGGUAUUAUUCUCUGGGAGGUGAUCACACGCCGGAAGCCCUUUGAUGAAAUCGGUGGCCCUGCUUUCCGCAUCAUGUGGGCUGUGCACCGUGGCACGCGUCCACCUCUCAUUAAGAACCUACCGAAGCCCAUAGAGAGUCUGAUGACUCGUUGCUGGUCCAAAGACCCAUCGCAGCGGCCUUCCAUGGAGGAGAUAGUGAAGAUUAUGAGCCACCUUAUGAGGUAUUUCCCAGGAUCAGAAGAGCCUCUUCAGUACCCUUAUCAGUAUUCAGAUGAAGGCCAGAGUAACUCUGCUGCCAGCACAGGCUCAUAUAUAGACUACACAUGUACCAGCAACAAGAACGAUAUCAACAUGGAGCACACCAACUCCCCUGGCAGCAAUGACACCAUCAAGUUCCCAUAUAAACCAAAGGGCGACCCGUUAAGGCCUGGUCACCCUCUCUCCAGAGGGGGCAGUGUAGAGAGUCUUUCUGGCAGGCCACAAUUUCUGGCUUCCUCCGACAGCAAACGAAUGAGCACCGAUCUCUCCGAACUGGAGCACAGAUUGCCCUUUGCUCCCGCAGCACGUCCACAAUUUAAGCGAGGUCACCGUAAAACGGCAUCACAUGGCACCAUUCUGGACAUUCCCAAGAUCAUCGUCACAGCAACUUGUGAGCCUCAUAGACGCAGUUCAGUGCAGGAUCUUCCUGCCAUUGGUACGGAGUCCAGUCAGGAUAGUAGGAACAACAGCAGAGCAUCCAGUCCCAGUGUGAGGAUGAUUACGCCAGACAAGACAGACACCAAUGGCUCAGAUAACUCCAUCCCCAUGGCCUAUUUGACCCUGGACCAUCAGUUACAGCCUCUAGCCCCGUGUCCAAACUCCAAAGAAUCAAUGGCAGUGUUUGAGCAGCACUGUAAGAUGGCACAGGAGUACCUGAAGGUGCAGACAGAGAUCGCUCUUCUCAUACAGAGGAAGAAAGAGCUGAUAGAUGAGCUGGACCAGGACGAGAAAGAUCAGCAGAACGCGUGUCGCCUCGCUCAGGAGCACAAGAAGCUCCUAGAGGAGAACAAGAGUCUGUCUACCUACUACCAGCAGUGCAAGAAGCAACUGGAGCUGAUCCGAGCACAGCAGCAAAAGAGACAGGGCACCUCAUGAACCCCUUUCAUUAUGAAAUGGAGCUAGACUGACUCUAUAAUCACAGUCCCCAUUAUCUUGUUCUCCCCGAUCCAAACAUUGGGGUGGUUUAUCUAUAGUUUGGCCCAGAAACCCCUUAAUUCUGCCUGUUAAAGCACCCAUGAAACCUGUGAAGAUGGUAACCGAAUGAAAUGUGCUUCACAGUUCAAGUGACCGUGGGUCAUUUCCGCCAGUGCAAACCGUUCCAAGACCCUGCACUCAACUGCACAAGCAUGCUGCGUUCCAGGUGCCCGUGAAUCCCGCAGGAUAUGCAAUAGCAGGGCCACAAUUAAAGCCAGGUGGGUGUAAAACACAGACUGUUGGCCACUGAUAAACACACGCAGUUCUUCAGAGAUCUACAAGUCUAAACAAGCCAGCAAAUGCAUUUUAUUUUCAAAAGAGGAAACCUGCAUUUUACGCCAGGGCUUUUAAGCAUAGAGAUGUUUAAAAGAAGGAUGUAAAAUAAGGUCUUUUGGAAUGUCACUUGUUUUUCCCCCUUCCUCAGACAUCCCAGAAUUCUCUGUAAGGUUUGCCUGAUUCCCCUCGAUUAGGUGUUGGUCCUUGAGAAUGUGAAAGCAAAGUUACAUACAAAAGCUAAUUUUAUCAUUUUCAAUUUAAAUUUUUAUUUUGUUGCAUUCACUUUGCGUGUACUUUUCAUUUUAACCCCUUUUUAUGCAAAAAAAAAAGUGCUAUAGACGUUUCCUUUUUUUGAUUUGUCUGCCCUAAAAAGUGUUAGAAUGUAUUGUUUGAAAUCGGGGGAUGUAUCUUACAUAUGCCUUGCAUGUCGACCUUGUGUUUAUGGAAAAACAAAGGACGAUCUGUGUGUAUGUGCGGCCUCACAAGGAAAUGCCGUUUGUAAUCCGCUUCCCUUAACAUCCCAUUUGAAAACCAUCACUCUAAAAGAACAAAACAAAUGGACUUGAGUGUAUGUGAUUGUGAGUACAAACAUUUUAAUCAUGACUUCAGUAUUCUUGGGUUUCUUUGCUUUAUCUAACUAUGUAUGGUAAUUUAUCCAUGGUUUUCAGAGAUCCGCUUCAUAGUUUUUGUUGCAAGUGUGGGAAAGAUGCUCUUUCUCCGAGCUUGAUUUAUGUAUUUUUAGUUCACAUGAUGCCUUGGAGUUGAACCGCUUGCAUUUUAUUUGACUUGUUUUGUUGCUUUUACCGCAACGAGACCGCUCACAUUAUGCGCUUAAUGCAAUUACGAGUUUAGAAACGUGAGUGAGAGUUUUAAAAGGCCUGCGAAUGCAACAUGAAUGAAAUCAAGAGCGGUCAGAUUGUUGUCUGGUCUGAAUUAUCUUGUCAAUAUGCUGCAGAAAUCAUGAAAUUACGAUAAGGGCAGUCGAGCCACUCUGGUUCAUUUUAGUUCAGUUCCUUGUUCUUACCACUAGUUUUACAUCCCUGUACUUCAUUUAAGAGAAAUCAGAGCCGUAUUGUUAUAUUAGGUUAUGAAUUCCUUUUAGAUGUCACACUUUUACUUUGUUGCCCCCAAUACAAACUCAACCCACGUUUUUGCACAAUGCCACCAUGACUGGUUCUCACAGAAUGCUCACUAUAACCGUGAAAAUCUUGAGCAGGGUAAAGACACAUUUGGAUGUUAAAGAUCUUCAAGUGAGUUCUCUGCAAAUCUUUUUGUUUAACAGUGGAGUGGUGUAUUUUAUUUUAGUUUUUUCUUAGAGUUCAAUGUUCAUAAUUAGUUUCUGUACUAUGUGCUGUAAAUAAGAUGUCUGAUUUCUUAAGCUGUUGGGAACGGGAAUACACAGGUGAAGGUCGCAUCUUGAAAUAAAUCGAACAGGUAAACAUGCCUCGGGACUGACUGUGUGCUGUUUCUGUCACGUCAACAUUUUUAUAAACAGGAUGUUGUUCACAAA